CCACGUCUCCACUGGGGACGCAAAUACGACUGUAAGCUAUCCCAAGCAAAACCAAACGUCUUUUACCUCAACCACAGCACAUCAUGGGGUCCAUGGCAGAAUGCGAACAUCAAAAUCAUGCAAGCUAAUCUACUCCAUCCAAGUCUGUACCUGAAGCAACGUGGAAAAAGUUCAGAGGAGGGCUCGACGUAGUUAGAAGACCGCUGAUCUCAGGUGACAGUCGGCAGAAGGAACGACGGCUGCUAGCUGCGAUGUUCUGAGAAUCAUCCCCUCAACCCAAAUGGCCAGACCACAAACUGUUUACAUUUCCAGGACCGGGCGAGAGAGGAAGGAAACUAGCUGAGAGGGAGAAGCCUUCCACCCUCGGCUGUGUAUUCGGUCGAUUUGAAAUCUUCCCUCCUUAUUGACCUCAAAUACACCUGCCCUGCACCGCGACAGGACCGUCACGAGUGUCCCAGCGCGAGGAGGACUCAUGGUUAACGACAGGUGCUUAGGCGAGCUUGUGACAUGUUUCCGAGCGGUAGAGCGGCGCCCAACAGGUGUAAUAAGAAGAGCCGAGUCACCCAGGUGUGACGCAUCCCAAAGCCUUCACCAGCUUUCUUCUUCUUUCACUUUUGAUCCGGCGUCCUGUUCUAACUGGCAGACUCAGGAGGAGCCAGAGCCCUUUUGGAAUGCGGAUCCGUUGGAAUGAAUGAUUCCGGCUGUCAGCCCUGAGGUGUGUGUGGACACAGAGAGACAUGGCCUGCUCCUCGUGGAACCCGUUCCAGUGGAAGGUGCUGCGGCUCCUGAGGAGCCAUCUGGCUCUGCUGCUGGCGUUCCUCAGCCUCUGCGGCCUUCAGCCCGGCUCAGCGAGCAUGUGUCGCGUGACGGGUGGUGUGCUGGGUAUCCACUGGAGCAGUGUGGUGGGCCUGGGCUGGAGGCCCCUGGCUGUGGGCCGAGGGGGCCCCCAGUGCUGGGAGUCCUGCUGCCUGGAGCCGGCCUGCAGUGCGGUCUGGACCCUGGGGGGCCGCUGCGUGCUGCUCAGCUGCUCCAGGCCGUGGGGGGGCUGCUCCAUCACCUCGCUGCCCCAGCCGCACCGCGAGUCCCUGGGCCUCUUGCAGCAGCUGAGUAAGGCCACGGGGCACCGGCAGCGCAGGCCGCGACGGGCUGCCAAAGCAGCCAAGAAACCUGUCCCUGCUGGCCAGGCUACCCCCUCCUCCCCUGUCCCCGUCACGCCGGCCAGUGGCGGUGGUGUCGCUCUGCCACUCACGUCCAAUAAGAGCCUGGACCAUUCCCAGUCCCAGUCCCAGUCCACCAAUGGGAGCGAGGUAUCUGCUCCACUUCCGCCCAAUCAGCAGAACUCCUCGUCCCCUGAGGUCACCACCACGGAAUCGGUGCCAUCCGGGGCCAACGGCAGUGUUCCGAGCCCUACCCAGAGGCCCUCGCCCACACCAUCGCCCACCAAAGCUGUGCGGGAGUUGGUGGUGUCCGCGGGGAACAGUGUGGAGGUCACGUUGCCGAAAAGUGAGGUGGAACUCAACGCCUUCGUGGUGCCCGCCCCUCCCACAGACAAGACGUACACCUUUGACUGGCGUUUGAAGACACAUCCCAAAGACUACAGUGGAGAGAUGGAGGGAAAACACAGCAAGACCCUCAAACUCAGCAAGCUGACAGUGGGGCACUAUGAGUUUGAGGUCAUCGUCGAAGGCGACGGAGCUCAUGGUGAAGGUUACGUCAAUGUCACGGUCAAACCAGAGCCCCGUGUCAACAAACCGCCGGUUGCCGUGGUUUCCCCAAAGUUCCAGGAGAUCUCCUUGCCAACCAGCUCCACGGUCAUCGAUGGCAGCCAGAGUACGGAUGAUGAGAAGAUUGUGAAGUUCCACUGGGAGGAGGUGAAGGGUCCGCUGAGGGAGGAGAAGGUCUCGGCCGACACGGACAUCCUCACCCUCACCAACCUGGUGCCGGGGAACUACACAUUCAGUCUGACAGUGACUGACUCGGAUGGUGCUCAGGCCUCCACCCAGGCAAUGCUGCUGGUCCACAAGGCUAUGGAUUACAAGCCAGUGGCCAACGCAGGCCCCAACCAGGUCAUCACGCUGCCCCGCAACGCCAUCACGCUCUACGGCAACCAGAGCAAAGAUGACCACGAACCCCUGGCCUACGAGUGGAGCCUUAGCCCCACUAGCAAGGGCAAGGUGGUUGAGAUGCAGGGUGUGCGUACUCCGAUCCUCCAGCUGUCGGCGCUACAGGAGGGGGACUACACCUUCCAGCUGACCGUCACCGACUCCGCCGGACAACAGGACAAGGCUGAGGUCACCGUCAUCGUCCAACCAGAGAACAAUAAGCCUCCAGAGGCCAAUGCGGGCCCAGAGAAGGAGCUGACCCUGCCUGUGGACCACACCACGCUGGACGGCAGCAAGAGCAAAGACGACCAGAAGAUCGCCACCUACCACUGGAGGCAGACCAAAGGGCCUGACGGGGUGAAGAUCGAGAAUGCCAACAGCGCGGUAGCCACGGUGACGGGUCUGCAGGUGGGCACGUACGAGUUCACCCUCACCGUCACGGACGAACGCAACCUGAAGAGCUCCAACACGGUCACGGUCAUCGUCCGAGAAGAGGUGGACAAGCCUCCGGUGGCUAAGGUGGUGUCCAGUGCCACGGUCACCCUCCCCAUACGCACGGCGGUGCUGGACGGCACGCGCUCCACGGACGACAAGGGAGGCGUUACCUACCUCUGGACCCGCGACGAGAGCAGCCCAGCCGCAGGGGAUGUUCUGAACGGCUCUGACCACCAGGCCGUGCUGUUGCUAGGCAACCUGGUGGAGGGCAAGUACGCCUUCACCUUGACUGUGACUGACAGCAAAGGUCAGACCAGUGUGGACCAUGGCAGCGUGGAGGUCAAGCCAGACGUGUCAGAGCACGACCUGGUGGAGCUGCUGCUGGACGUGCGCGUCUCCCAGGUGACGGAGCGGCAGCGCGAGAUGCUGCUGAGGCAGGUGGGGGUGCUACUGGGCGUGCUCGACAGUGACAUCAUUGUCCGGGAGAUCAGCGCCUACAACGAGCUCAGUACUCGACUGGUGUUCCUGGUCUCGGGGGGUCCGGGCCGCCCACCCCUCUCAGGGCACAGCGUUGCCAUGGGACUGCGGAACAAGCUGCGCAAGCAGAAGAAUGACUUCCUCAUCUUCAAGGCCCGGAGAGUGGACACAGUCAUCUGCCAGCUGAACUGCUCGAACCAUGGCGAGUGUGACUCGUUCACUCGGAGGUGUGUGUGCCACCCCUUUUGGAUGGAGAACUUCAUCCGCACACAGCUUGGCGAUGCCGAGAGUAACUGUGAAUGGAGUGUGCUAUAUGUGACGAUAGCAGCAUUCAUGAUUGUAGUUGCCAUAGCAACAUUUGUCUGGGGCCUUGUAUGCUGUUGCCGCAGGCGUAAAAGUAGAGUGCGGAGGAAGAGCCGAUAUAAAAUGCUGGAGGCGGAUGAGCAGGAUACCCUGGAGCUGCACCCGCCCAGAGCUGCCCGUGGCAAGGCGGCGCCUCCCCCGUCCUCCUCUGCGCUGAUGCGUUCGGACUCUGAGCUGGAGAGCGACGAAGCGCAGACCGGGCCCGGCUGGACGGAGCGCGAGCGGGAACGCGGCCAGCUGCUACGGCCCCAGAACGGAUCGCUCCGGAACGGCCAGGGGCCCCCCAGGGCCAAGAAACCACAGCGCGAGGAGCUGCUAUAGCAACAGAGAGACAAUGACGCCGUUGGUCCCCGUAGCAACAGCCACGAUGGCUGGUUGAUGGCUGAAAGAUUGACCCACACCAACCCUCCCACCCACAACACUCCCCCAUUCUCCCCAUCCCCCUUCCCCAAUGCUCCACUAUGGAGUUGUGAAUGAACAGACAUGUAUACAUGUCUAAGACUUUUAAGGGAUACAUAGACCCUUCCACUGUUCUGCAGCCCUCUUCCAGUUGCACCCUUAUGCUUAUGGGGCUGUGAAUAUGGACAUUAUAUGAAUGUCUACAGCUGUGAAAGGGAGGGGUUGAUGGACACAAGCACCUCCACCCACCCGACACCCCUGCUCCAAGUGCACCCCUUCAGAAGAUUCUGAAGGGAGGGUUGGACUGUGGUGUGGUCCUGCUAUUUUUCCAAACCUCCGCCGACUGUAAUUCCCGUACUGAGCCACUGGGGGGUGUGCUCGACACCCUCCUCCACUUCCAUCUGCCCUGCUCGGCCCUCCACCCUUCGUGAACUCUUGACUGCGGAACAAAAGAGAAAUGAAGCCGAAAGGGAGCGGGAAGAUUCUAGAGUUAGUGCACACUCUCGUGCACCAGUGACGCACGUAACUUGUCUAACCCCUCAAUCCCCCCCACACCCACCCCCACCUACAACUUUCACACAGACACAUGCACACAAAUACUUAUGGCAAUGCACAUACGAACGCGCACGCUCACCUCCAAAAAAAAUGGAUGUCGAUGUCUUUUCAAGACACCACCCUGACCCCCCACCACCCCACUGCCUCAAACCCCCACUCAAACCCGCCCCCAUCCCCACCGACUCUUCCUUGAUGCAAGUGGCAAUAGUGUUAUAACACAGAACCUUGUCUUAAAGAGAAAAAAAACUAACCACCAACAAUGUUUGUGCAUGAGAUUGUAAGAGAUUGUUUUAAAUCCCAUUUGUGUUUAAUGGAAAAAAAAUGUCUGCAUGUGGUUAUGAAGUGUGUGUGUGUGUGUGUGAGAGAGAGAGAGAGAAAGAGAGAGUGUGUGCACGUGUGUGUGAGUGAGUGUAUGGUUGUUUGCAAGUGUGUAUGAACCAUUUUGCUGUGAGUAACACAUGACGUCUGUAACGGCCUUGUUUGGGCAGUAUUCUCCCCAUGUCUGUAAGUGAGGUUUAAGUAUCUAGCUUUGUGCCACUUUGAUCACCAGCAAACUAAAAAAAAAGGAAGAUUGCGAUAGGCAUGUUGACCAUCCUGGAGGAGGAGUCAUCACAGUAAAGCUGACCAUGAGGGUUGGUUUUUACCGUUGUUGAUGUUGGCUAUCCUUGGUGGAAUGCCCUCUAGCAGUUGACCAUCCUGGAUUUGGUCUUCACGGUGAAGUCACCAAUCCUAGAUUGGAUUUCAAUGGUAAAAAUUAACCAUUGGAGAUUUUGUCUCCAUGACUAUUCUAGAGUUGGUCUCCAAUGAGAAAUGGAGACUGGAAUUUGUCUCCAUGUUGAAGCUAGCUGACCAUUCUAGAUUUGGUUUCCAUGGUGAAGUUGACCAUUCUAGCAUUCUAGGGUUGGCCUCUGCAGUGAAAUUGACUAUUUUAGAUUUGGCUUCCUUGGUGAAUCUGACCGGUCUUGAGGAGAAUCAGAGUCGGGGUUGUAAAUCCAAGAAGAGAGAUGGUGGAAAACGCAUUGUGCCCCAAAUCUUAACGCUCAGUGAAAUGGAAUGACAUGACGCUGGACUUAAAUCACUGCCCUCAGCCUGUCCGACCCGUAGCCUGACCCGGGAUGACCCCAUGCUGCUGGAGGUCAGAGGGCACCGAACUCUCUACUGCAGACCUCCGACUCCAGAAGUCCGCCUGAAAUGACCACUGUUCUUCCUCCCUCUCUCGGCCUCACUGUUGAAAGACUGUACAACCACUGCUCAUCUCAGCUGUAUGUUUAUUUGUUUAUGGUUGUUUUUUUAUUUUUAGGUUUAGCCAAUCAAAUCACAUCUCAUCUCAUCUCACGCACUUUGUUUUGCAUAGGUCUCUUUUGUCUCCCUUUCUCUCUCUCUCUCUCUCUCUCUCUCUCUCUCUCUCUCUCUCUCUCUCUCUCUCUCUCUCUCUCUCUCUCUCUCUCUCUCCCUGUUUGAGAGAUAUUUCUGUGUCAGGAAGGAACGUUCACACCAGAACCUGAAUAGAAAGGACAAGAGCGAACUCCCCAUGGGAAUUGUGCUGGGCUUUUUUUUCUGUCCCAGUGGCUCUGGGACAUCGCAAUGCUGUUUAAUGCCACUCUUCUUGUCUCUUAAAUAAAGAAGGGAAGCAGAGUUCUGGACCCGUGGUCCAAUUCUGCAUGUAUGGUCGGUGGGAAAGUGGGAGAGAAGGAGCUGUUUGUGAAGGGAUUCAGUAGUGGGUGAUUGUAAGAAGAAGAAGUGGGCCCUGCCGUGGCUUAACGGUAGGGCACGGGGUUAUUACGACUGCAAACUGGGUUGAAUUCUGGCCCGGGUCAUUUGCCGAUACUUUCCCGUCUCUCUCUCCCCACUCAUUUCCUGUCUCUCCUCCACUGUAAAGGCAAAACAGCCCUAAGAAAUAUAUUUUACAAAAAGAAGAAGAAGCUGUGGCGACUGGUUAACUUCCCUGGGGGACUGGGAAAGACUGGCAAAGGCAUGAGAAAACACAGACAUAGCACAGCUAUGCGAUGAAGGGAUUCCAUGUUUUAGUUUUCUUUUGCAUCUUACUUUUGAUUUGUUUGUUUGUUUGUUUUCUUAAGUGAAGGUUUUUCACUAUUGUGAUCUGUUACAACUGGAAACUGUAAAUUAAA